AAAUACACAGCAGAUGCACCCGGUGUGACUCCCUGGGCCAGGCGAUCAGCUUAAUGGCCACCCGGGUCCAAGCGGCAGUGGCCUCUGGCCUGGUGUAUUUCAUGCAGCUUCCUGGGGCCAGAUGUGAAGAGAACUGUGCCAACACUGAACAUUGCCUAACCACCGACUGGGUACAUCUCUGGUAUAUAUGGUUGCUGGUGGUAGUUGGUGCACUGCUGCUCCUGUGUGGCUUGACUUCAGUGUGCCUCCGCUGCUGUCUGAGCCAUCCUGAAAACGGAGAUGAUGGGGUCCCACCACCCUAUGAAGUGACCGUCAUUGCUUUUGACCACGACAGCACUCUCCAGAGUACCAUCACAUCUCUGCAGUCCAUGUUUGGUCCUGCUGCGCGGAGAAUCCUGGCAGUGGCUCACGCACACAGCUCCCUGGGCCAGCUGCCCUCCUCUGUGGACACACUUCCAGGCUAUGAUGAGGCUCUCCGCAUGAGCCGCUUCACAGUGGCAAGGUGUGGGCAGAAAGCUCCCGACUUACCCUCAGUCCCAGAGGAAAAGCAACUGCCUCCUAGAGGGAAGGAGACUCCUCAGAUAGAAGCCUCACCACACUGAUGGGGAUGCUGAUGGUAUUCCGAAUAACCAAGGCAUCCUCAGAGUCUGGAACGGUCCCCAGAGACAU